GCCAACACAGCACCGACACCUAAAAAAAAUGGUCGUGCACAGGAGCGUUGCACUUGCAGCUGAUCUCAUCUGAUCCGAUCAAUCAACGUGACAUGAUCUGCAGACGGUCGAAUGAUGCUUCACUCGCCUGCCCACCAAAUCGGCAAAUCCUGGCGUACAGGAGGACGACCCAACCCAAGCGGCACACAAGAUCCAAGAGGAUGCCGCCGCCGCCGCCGCUCGUGCUGCUGGCGAAGCCGCUGUUCCCGAACUUCGCGGCGGCGCUGGAGGGCCGGUACCGCCUCGUCCUGGCCGGGGACGCCGACGCGGCCACGGCGGCGGAGGCCCGGGUCCUGCUCGUGCCGGGGCUCGUGGCCGUGACAGCCGAGCUCGUCGACCGGCUCCCGGCGCUGGAGCUCGUGGCCGCGACCUCCGUCGGGCUGGACCACGUGGACCUCCGUGCCUGCCGCCGCCGCGGGCUCGCCGUCACCAACGCCGGCGCGGCCUUCUCCGUCGACUCCGCCGACUACGCCGUCGGCCUCGUCGUCGCCGUGCUGCGCAGGGUCGCCGCCGCCGAGGCGCAUCUCCGGCGCGGCGGGUGGGCUACCGAUGGCGAGUACCCGCUCACCACCAAGGUGAGCGGCAAGCGGGUGGGGAUCGUGGGGCUCGGCAGCAUCGGCUCGCUGGUGGCGCGGCGCCUGGCCGCCAUGGGGUGCCGCGUCGCCUACCACUCCCGCGCGCCGAAGCCGUCGUGCUCGUGCCCCUACGCCUUCUUCCCCACGGCGCGCGCCCUGGCCUUGGCCAGCGACGUGCUGGUGCUGUCGUGCGCGCUCACGGAGGAGACGCGGCGCGUGGUGGGCCGCGAGGUGCUGGAGGCGCUGGGACAGGGCGGCGUGCUGGUCAACGUCGGCCGCGGCGGCCUGGUCGACGAGCCGGAGCUGGUGCGGUGCCUGCGGGAGGGCGUCAUCGGCGGCGCGGGGCUGGACGUGUUCGAGGACGAGCCCGACGUGCCCGCGGAGCUCCUCGCCAUGGACAACGUCGUGCUGUCGCCCCACAGGGCCGUGCUCACGCCGGAGUCCAUGCGCGGGUUGCUGGAUGUCGUCGCGGGAAACCUCGACGCCUUCUUCGCCGGCAGGCCGCUGCUCAGCCCCGUGUCGCUGUGAAUUCUGAACCACAUGUAGGAUAGAUACGUCAAGUCGUCAAGUUCCAUUCCAUCCAAGAAGCAUCAACCAGACAACCAGUGUGUGAGACUCACCACGAACAAUACGGAAGAACACUCAGAAUUGGUAGGGUGGUUCGGGUUUCUUACUUUCUGUUCCAAGUUCAUCAUCCAAAAGCCAAAUUUCAAAAUGACAACAGUUCGUCUUUUAUACUUGCUACUGGAAAACCAAAACGAAUUGGAAUAUAUUACAGCCAGUUGGCUCCACCAUAA